AUGUUAGCAAAUUCAAGUGCAAGUCAUAAAACGACUCUACAAAAUGAAAUACAUAAAAUAACUAGUGAAGUUCAAUUAAGGCAGUAUGGAUUAUUUUUGGAAAGAUAUGAAUCUGAUUUGGAGAGUAUACUCGACGCGAUGGAGUUUAGCACAACAUCUCAAAUUGAUUUUGAUAAGAAUCUUAUUAAGCUGGACUUAUCGUUGAAUGAAACCAUUUCUAUGAAUUCUUUACCAGUUGAGUAUGCGAUCCUGAAUAAGGUUGUGCAAUCUUUCAUUACACUCUGUGUGGAAAUCAAGUUACUAAAUUGUGAAGCAAGAGAUAAAUAUUACAACUUGAUUAUGCUAUAUGGUGAAGCCGGGGAAGAAAAAACUCAGGAAUAUAUUGAAUUUUCAAAAUUAGAAAGUAUGUUAAAAGUAUUGAAUGAUCUUUGUGUGUUUGUAAAUCGAUGUCAAACGGUAGUUGUGGAGAUAAUUGCUCAACUGAAUUGUCUUUCAAAAUCUGAUCACCUUUCACAGUUUUCAUAUCCUGGAGCAACUGAAAUUGAUAUUUUUUAUUACAUGUGUGAUAUGUUGCUUGUUUUAAUUACUAUAGAAGAAAUUUUACAAAAUAGCAUUAUUCUUGAUCAUUGGAAAAUGUACCGUAGAACUGUAAAAUCAGUACACAGAAGCCAUUCUACAUUUAAUUUAGAUUUAAAUGUGUUAGAUAAUUUAGACGAAAUUCUAAACUAUAUAGAAAAUCAAUUACUCUCCGAAAACAUUAUACAGAGUACAAUCAAUAAGUGUGUACAUUGUUUGUAUCAAAGCAAUAAUGAAGUAAAUAAGGUUUUAGAAAAACGGUUUUAUUCAUAUAUAAGGAUUUUGAUUAAUGAUUUAGAGAAAUGUGAUCCUGAUUUAAUUGAUACUGAAAAAUCUACCGAGUGGGUGAAAUUAAAUGUUUUAUAUAUAUUCUAUAUAAAAUUAUUUAAAGUUAAUGAUAAGAAGUUUUUUAAAAUCUUGAAGGGUGUCAAUAAAAAGGUCCCAUGUGUUACUCUAGUUGGAAAUAUAGUAUGGUGCUCUGAACAAUUUUUAUCUCAGCAUUCCAAUAUUAUCAAAGGUUUUGAUCAGAGGUUCAUUCAAGAAAUGAAUAGAGUAAAGCAAACAUACUUACAAAACAAAACACAGAAUUUACUAAAAGAUUCACAUAACACAGCACUACAAAUAUUUACAUGGAUUUUAGAAAUAUCAGCAAUUUUACAGGAAGGUGCAAAUAAUUUGAAAUUAGAACAUUUGACACAACGAACACAUUUGUUACUGCAAGGCCUUACGCACGCAUGUUAUUUAAACUAUACAAUUAAAUCAAUCACAAAUUUACAUAUGGCUCAAAAUAAGCCUAUGACUAAAUCAUGCUUAUUAUCUGUUUGCAAACUGGUUGAGUUAUUAAAGGCAGUACAUCAAAUAUUUUCAAAAUAUAUUGGCCGUACUUUCACUUUUGAGAGAUCAUUACAUGGUCCAAGUACGGAACGAAAAAUAAUAAUUGCCCAUCUGGCAUUAUCUUGCAUUAAUGUAACACAAGUAUUUCAUGAUGAUAACUUGAGUAAAUUAAUAAAAGACCUAAAAUAUAUACAAAGGAUACAAAAUUUUCAAGAAUAUUUGGAUGAUACUACAGAUUGUUCUUUUUUAUUUUGGCAUCAAUCAAUACUGCCAGCAUAUUUUAGUAAUGUUUACGAGAAUAAAAUGGAUAUAUCUAAAAUUUAUUACAUGUUUCAAGCAUUGAAUGAUUUUGAAGAAUCUGAGGAAUAUAAGGAAAGCUACAUGAAAACAAUAGAUUCAUCAUUAAAUGAAAAGAUUUUGGAACCUUUAUGUUCACAAGUAGAAACAGAUUUGAGACUUCAAAUACACUCACAUUUACAGCCAGGUUUAAUGAACCCAUUUGAUGAUGGUACUCCAGAAGUUAGUAACAGUUUAUUGGAACUAAAUCCUAUAUUAUGCGGCCAGAAAUAUAUUGAUAUUAAAGGGCACGUGGAGAAUUAUUUGGAUUCCAUGUUUUAUAAUUUAACAACAGUUGUACUCUUUGACUGGAAAACUUAUGGGGAAAUGAGACGGUUAGCAAAUGAGAAAUUUUUCUUACAUACUAUUGAAGAUCAUCUGCCAACACAAACCUUAGAACAAGGAUUGGAUGUGUUGGAAAUCAUGCGAAAUAUGCAUAUAUUUGUUGCAAAGUAUCUUUACAAUCUAAAUAACCAAAUAUUUGUUGAGAAAUGGAGUAAUAAUAAGCAUUUAAAUACUAUAAAUAUUCAACAUGUUGCAAACUCAAUAAGAACGCAUGGUACUGGAACUAUGAACACUACAAUUAAUCUAACAUAUCAAUUUUUGAAAAAGAAAUUUUUUGUUUUUUCGCAAUUUUUGUAUGACGAACAUAUUAAAUCUCGCCUGCUCAAAGACUUACGUUAUUUCCGUGAGCAUAAAACGGAAUCGAAUCCCAUGUACAGCUAUGAUAGGGCAUACAACUUUAAUAAAGCCAUUCGAAAGUUGGGUAUAUCAUCAACUGGUCAAAGCUAUCUGGAUCACUUCAGAUUGUUAAUAACCCAUUUAGGAAAUGCAAUGGGUUAUGUACGAAUGAUAAGAUCAGGUGGACUGCAUAGCUGCUCUAACGCUAGUGUAUUUUUACCAGUACUAGAUGAAAACAAAACAUUUGAAGAAUUGUGUCAGGCGAACUGUUUAUCAGAAACAGUAUGCCAGGCUGCGCAUGUUUUGGAGCAAGAUAUACGAAAUUUAGCAUGCAAUUUUGCUGAAGGUUCAGAAUAUUUUAAGCUUUUAGUAGAUGUUUUUGCUCCUGUCUUUCGCAAUCCUAGAAAUAUCCAUUUGAGAAAUUUCUAUAUUAUUGUUCCAUCACUUACAAUAAAUUUUGUUGAACAUUUAAUAACAGCUAAAGAUAAAUUAACUAAGAAGGAUAAGUCUGGUGCUGCAUUUACGGAUGAUGGUUUUGCCAUGGGCCUUGCAUAUAUUUUGAAGUUAUUAGAUCAAAAUUCUGAAAUGGAUUCACUUCAUUGGUUCCAAUCAGUUAGUGAAAAGUGUAAUCAGGAAAAACAGAUUUUAGCGCAACAAAAAGUUAACGCUAGCAGAGAUGAUAAAACAUUACAACAUACCCUAUCAUUAACUACUAAGAGACUUGAAUUGUUCCAACAGGAAUUUAAAUUACUUUAUUAUAGCUUCAGCAGUGCAAGAAUAUUCUUUCAGUGA